AAACAAUCCAAUAACCGUUUCCCUGAGGUUCACCAUGUCGAAUUCGUAAUGGCUAUCACCUUAAUGAACCUAUUAGAAGACAGCGCUUAUAUCUUCUACCCCUUGUAUCCCAUUGUCUACCAUGCGUCUUCUUCUAACAUUGAGAGCCAGCAACGCAACUUGCGACAAUCUUUGCACCCUGGCGUAAUCUCCUGCACAUCCCCCACGAUCACUCCACCGACGCGUAACUUGUCAUGGGGAAAAUCACAUCUAUGAAUUCUGUCAAUAAGGGCGAGAAGGAAAUACAAUUGCACCGCGGACAAAUUCGGACGAUAAGUCUGCGAGGACUUUUGACCCCCGGUUCAUCUGAAACCCUCAUGAUCAGGUAGGAUUAUGGGCCGAUCACUUCAACAGAUUGCUGCCGGGAGAUGUCCCCGUCACCCUAUAAUAUUACGACUUCAUGCACCCAGGGUGCUGGCGAUGAUAUAAAAGCAGGGGAAAUGGGACGGGGAAGGCUCUACCAGAUUGACAAGUUCUCAAGCGAUCGUCUGUUCUUCACUUGAGAUCUGAUCGUUGGAUUUUCUCUCCGUCCCUCUUUUCAUCAUGAAUUGGUUCGCCUUUGCCAAUUUAGCCUUGGGCCUGCUCUCCUGCAGUAGCCCAGUUGCUGCAUGUCCUGGAACAUCAAAGCUUCAAGCACGGGAUACAGUACUCACCCACCGCCCCGAGACGACGACUGUCAAUGCUACUGGCGGGACCUACGAAGCUUUCGAACCCGGCUACCUCGCCGGCACCUGGGAGGUGUUCAAGCGCGGGGAGUACGUGUCGCUCAACGGAACGGGAUACAUCCGCGUCCGCUGGGAGGUUGAGUACUGGAAAGGAGUCGGCCCUAUCUACGAGCCUACUUUCGAUGUCACCUCCGGCACGUUCCUCUUCGUGGCGGGAGGUGGCGGAUACCAGAUGACCGACAAGCCACAGGGCUGCCCUCAGGGAACUGGGUGCCUGAACUUUACCGGCGCAACCGAGUUCGGGUACAGCUACCCUUCGGACGAUUAUAACCCUUGGCACAACAUGUACUACUACCUUGACGGGUCGGUAAACAUCACGAACCACGAGGCUGGUGGGCUUUAUAACGUUGGUGUCAUGGCGUACAGCUACGAGAAUAUCUUGUCAGACAUCAACACGGCCCCGGCCACCUCGGGAAAUUUGAUAAAAUACGGAUAUUCGUAUGACCCGGCCGCAGGUUCAUGUCCCUGUUCGGCAUCGUGAAAGGCUAGUCUGCCGAUCGAGUGAGAGGAACAAUAAGACGUAGAUAUGUAGAUGUCUUGCUCCUCUAUUUUUACUUCUUUGAUGUAUAUAUCGAUAUAAAUAUUUCUACGAUGCCCAAUAUAUCUACCCAGGUAUGAUAUCAUUUGCUAGUAACGAAUAGCCUUGCGACUUGGUUGCGGAUCGCACACGAACGUAGAACUCCGGUUCUUGGCAAUGACGUAUGGUAGAAUCACCCUAGUCUACGGGGUUGUCCCAAAAUUAGCAACUUCAGACGAUCGGUGGUAACUAAAAAGAUAUCCCUAACGAGAAUAAACUAUGCAAGCCUCAACUCUCAGGUUUACGUGACAUGAAGAACAGCGAGAAUUCGUCGCAUUAGAGAACGGCUAUGUCUACCUGCACAGCCGAGUUAGGCUGCGCCGCAGUGACAUUCAGUGCCGAUCCGGACAUCGCUGGAAUUGGGGUAAGAACGUCUGACUACAGCCAUGGGUUAAGCCCUAUUACUUACUUAUUCUGUCAUAGGUUAUUCUUGCUUUCUUG